ACUCACAUGACUCUGUUCCAAUUAAGUAAAACCUAACGAUGUCUUUUGGGGAAAUCGGAAGAUGCAUCGUUUUAAGUGCGCUUUUCUCAGUCACAACUUGUAAUGUGUAUAGAGUGGAUAACUCAAUGGGUCCGGGCAGAAGGUUUGACGGAAUCGGCGGUCUCAGUGGUGGAGGGGCAACAUCCAAGUUGUUGGUUAACUAUCCUAAGAAGUACAGAGAUCAAAUCCUCGACUAUUUGUUUAAGCCCAACUUUGCAGCAUCACUACAAAUACUGAAAGUAGAAAUUGGAGGAGAUGGUCAAAGUACCGAGGGUACAGAGGCAUCUCAUAUGCAUAAUGAGUGGGAUGAGAAUUACCAGCGCGGGUAUGAAUGGUGGAUAAUGACUGAAGCCAAGAAGAGAAACCCUGACAUUUUACUGUAUGGUCUGCCAUGGGCAUUCCCGGGCUGGAUUGGAGGUGGCAGUCGUGACAAUCCAUACACUAAUGUCACACGUACAGCGGAUUAUGUGACACGCUGGCUCCUCGGGGCUAAGAAGUUUUACAAUCUCACUAUAGACUAUGUUGGGAUCUGGAAUGAGAAGCCAUAUGAUGUUACAUACAUCAAAACCCUGAGAAAGAACCUUGACACCAAUCAGCUGGGCCAUGUGAAGAUUGUGGCAGCAGAUGGAGGCUGGGACAUCGCCUCACAUAUUGGAGCAGACCAGGAACUGGACGCGGCCAUAGAUUAUAUAGGUGCCCACUAUCCUGGUACUACCACAACAAAAGCUGCACUGACCACAGGAAAACAGCUGUGGUCAUCCGAGGAUUAUAGUACCUUCAACGAUAACACUGGUGGGGGCUGCUGGGCGAGGAUACUGAACCAAAAUUUUGUAAAUGGCAAUAUGACAAGUACAAUAUCAUGGAACCUGAUAGCCAGUUACUACGAUGCCUUACCCUUCCCAAGCUGUGGACUCAUGACCGCUGACAGUCCCUGGAGUGGACACUAUGAUGUCGCCUCCCCUAUAUGGAUGACAGCUCAUACAACUCAGUUCACUGCCCCUGGGUGGAAAUACCUGCCACAUGGAUCCGGGGUCGGCAAACUGGCUCAUGGUGGAAGUUACGUGUCCUUGGUCAGUCCAAACCAAAAAGACCUCACCAUUAUUUUGGAAACCAUGAGCCAUGAUCACUCACUGUGUAUCCGACCUGCACUUCCUGCUUACAACGUCAUCCCGCAAAAUGUGUCACUGCAGCUCAGUGGAGACCUGGCAAAGAUACAGCAGUUGAAUGUAUGGUACAGUAAAUUGGCUUUUGGGAAGAACAAGACUUCUGUGCUGUUUAAAAAACUCUCACCAUUGAAGGUACAGGAUGGAAAAAUAACACUUUCUGUUGGGUUGGAUGAGGUAUACACAUUGACGUCACUCACACUUGGAAAUAAAGGCUCGUACCCUGAUCCACCCGCGAGUAAGCCAUUCCCAGACACGUACGUCGAGGAUUUUGAAGGAUAUCCUUUGCACGCGGAGCCUAUGGAUUUUACCCAACAGACUGGUUCUUAUGAGGUCGUAUCUGGAAGUCAUUCCCAUGGAAAUGUUCUCCGUCAAGUUGUACUUCAGACCCCUGUGUUCUGGUGCAAGGCAGACGAAGUCGACAAAUCCCUCAACGUCAUCGGCAACUCCAAAUGGAGUGAUGUGUAUGUGAGCACAGACGUUGCUAUUGGUGGAAUCAACGGAACAACUGGGGUAUAUGUGGCAGCCCGCGUAGAUCAAGGUGGAUGCCAGUCCUGGGAGUCAAAGGGAAUCUUUUUCUUCCUGUUUCCCAGCGACAAGAAGUUUAUUCUAACCAAUGAUUUAG